AGUACGGGCAUCUCGAUAGACAACGUUUUGCGCUCGAGGCGGACCCGUGUGCGUGUGUUACGCACCCCACACACCGCUGAGUCCUUCACCUUCUAUCUCGCUCGCUCGCUCAAACGCUGAACGCACGCACGCUCUCGCGCUCUCUCUCGGUAUACAAGAGAUGCGGCUUCCCUCUCUUAACAUCUUUAUCGAUGAGUUCCCCGCGCUGCGCUCGUCCACGUGGCAGAGCGGGCCCAUCGCCGGGCUCUUUGUGCUCUCCCACUUCCACACCGACCACAUGAAAGGACUGCACGCCGCCUGGUCCACGGGAGUUAUCUUGACGAGCCACAUUACGAAGCAGCUCUUGCUCGGCAAGUUCGACGGCCUGCGCGGCCGCGUGUUUGGGCUGCCGUUUUGGUGCCGAACACCGUUGCUGACGGGAGCGGCGGCGGCCACGACGCAGCAGCAUCCUCCGCAAUGCUCUGCCGUGGGCUGUAGCCACCAUUGCGGCGACAUCCACUGUACCUCCGCUGACGCAUCUACGGUGUACAUUACCCUACUGCCGGCCUUUCACAUUCCCGGCAGCGCCAUGAUUUAUCUCGAGAUGCCGUCCGGCGUCACCCACCUCUACACGGGUGACUUCAAGUUCACCGAGGCGGCUCGGCAGUCCCCGCUACGCAGUUUCCUGCAAUCGCACCGGGUCGACCACCUCUACAUCGACGAUACGUGGCUGCAUCUCGGGCACGUGGAGGUCACGCAGGGCCCCUCGUGCGGCCCCGCCACCUCUCCUCUCCACGGUGGUGGGCGUGACGGAGAUGAACGGGAUGAAAGCGGGGUGCGGGUGCUCAGCAAACUGCUGAACAGCGAGCAGGUGGCGGAGGCGAUGGAGGCCAUCGGCCGGCGCAUGGAUCAUCAGCGUCUCCUCUUCGAAAAGUGGCAGCGCACGCGCGCAGCGGAGCAGAACAGCGACGGCGAUAAUCGCAGACAAGAUGCCUCGAGCACGUCUGACUGCUCCCGCGCUCGUCAGCCUUUCGUGAUGCGAGUAUACCUGCACAACCAGUUUGGGAAGGAGAUGUUGAUCCAGCAGCUGGCGGAGCGCCUGCGCACGCGUGCCCUUCUCGACGAUGUGCGCUACGUUCGUCUCUUGACGGUGGUGGAGGCACUGGAGGAGGAGCGGGAUGACCUGCAAGCCUUUGCGUCCACCUCUGCAAGAGCAGCGGACGAACAAGGUGCGUCGGCAGCGGCGCACUCGAGCCCUCCUCUUUUAUCGCCGGAGGAGCAGGCCUGGCGCGCCUCGGGCGGCGAGGCCGCACAGUACCCUUACAACCUGCGCUGCUUUGUGUCUCUCUCGCACGCCACUGCAUUGCCACCCUCACCUGCCGCCGCAGCGAGAGAAACGGUGUUGUCCUUCUCUUCCUCUUCUCCUCGGGAGCCACCGCUGAUUGAAGUGGUGAGUAAGCGGUCGGAGAUCGACCCGGCGGCGCUGCAGGCGGCCUCCGGCGCACGCGGCGGCACCCCGUACUACGGCGUCGUCAUCUCCGGCUGGGCACGGCUGCAGCUCGAGUCCCACCACAGCCCUGCCACCACCACCACCACCAGUGGGCAGGUCUGGCACAUCCCGACCACCCUGCACAGCACCCCGCAGGAAAUCGUUGACCUCGUCGCGCUGCUCCGCCCGCUCUCGGUGACGCCCCUGCACUACCGGCCGAGUCGGGCAGCCGUGGUGAUGCAACGCUUGGGCCCGUAUCUGCGCACGCCUUUUGCAAACCAGCACGACGUCGGACUUUCCGUGCCUCUCGUGACGUGCUGGACGCUGUGCCUGCCGGCGCACAUCCUGUGUCAGGAGAGCUACAACUCUCUCGUCGUGGAGCAACCACGCCGAGGUAAUCCCGCUGAGCUCUCUCCCACAACCGGCCUUUGGGGUGACUGCAGGGAGACGCUUUUCCCACCCCCCGAGCCAACUUCAGUGUCCUUUGGUACCGCCUUCACGGCACAGGGCAGCAGGGCGCGGUGGCCAGGGGAGGUCGGCACAGCGUCGAGUGCGCCUCCGUCAGCGAAGCAGCUGCUGCCUUCCUGGCACCUGCGCAAUCUCACCGCGGCAUUUGUGAACGGGCGCGACAAUGGCAGGAAGCGCGAUCGCGUGACAGCGGAGCCGUCAGCAACGGCAGGGCGGCGCCUACCCGUCCACGCAAUGCCCAAUGACGAGGUAAGCGUCGAACACGAAGGAGACGGCAAGGGGGACGUGGAGCGCGCCAGCACAGCACAGCCGCAACACACCGUCAUGUCUCUUUCAAGCAUCGCCGACGAGCUGCUUUGA